UUAGGGAAGGAAGCGACCAGUACACUGGUAAGUACUGAAAGGUGAUGGCAACCUGAACAAGUGCAUACCGUCAGUCGGCGUGACAAUGUAUCGGUGGUUGGUUGUGUGGCAAGCGCUACUGUACGUAGCGAGUGGAACGUUGGACUUGAGGUUGCUAAACCCGCGGUAUCCUUCAGCUUCACAGUUUGAGUGUUAUGACUAUCCGCCUGCUAUGCCUCUCAGAUCUUAUGAUACAGGCUGGCCGAUGCAUAAAAAUUUCGGGAAGAUACUGGACAUAACAACCCCAAGAUAUUGGCCCAGCUCAACCAAAGGCUUUAAUGAUAUCUCACGAAGAAUCGAUUUACUUUGGAACCGUGACGAAAUAAUCAAAGAGCACGCUAAAUUGGUUCAAGACAUAAACAGCCUUAAACAAGUUAUGUACGUCGCUCCAGUGGCCGAAGAGAGAGAUUACGACGACAGUGUCUUUCCUGAACUAAUAGAAACAUUCUCUACCACCACGGCUCGACCGGCGACUAGAAGUGCCAGGCCAACUAAAUCCGGCUUCCCAGUUAUAGUGUUGGGUGGAGGGAGCCGCCGACAUUCAACCAGAAAUCAACCGCCAAAGAUUCCGAGGAGAACUAUAAGCUUAGUUGGGACCUCAUCUCCUGUAGUGAGACAUCCGUAUCCCUUUGUGAUGGCGGCGGCAUCCAAUCAGCCGGUUAGAAUCUGCAUGCCAUCAUCUCUUACGUACCCAACUACUACCCGACCACCGAGCCUAUGGGAGCGUAUAGUGAGGGCAAUUAUUCCUAGAUAAAAGUCAAACAGGUAGGUAGUACUAAAUCGGGCGCGACUUAAUCCCCCGAGAGUUAUAUACUUAGGUAAUACACAGUGAUUUAUUAUUGUAAACAGUUUUCUCAUUGUUUUUUGUUGGUGCACGGAAAGCGAGAGUACCUACACUCACUCGUGCAUAUUAAAGACUCGUUCACAUCGGCUGAUUUAAGUUUCAGCUUUAAAUUUAAGAUUUAUUUGACGUAGUAAAAUCUUACAUUAUGUAUUUUCGUCAUUAAAUUAUGAAAUCGACUACAUUUUGUUAUUUACUUACUUGUGAUUUGACUGUUUACGCCGCACAUAACAGAUAAGUUAAUUUUAUCGAAAUCUGUUUCGUAGAACUACAAAUGAAUGAAGCGUGAGCGCGAAAAAUGAUUUUUUUAAAUGCUUUAGUAGUUAUUUAAAAUAAAAACCGGUUAA